AUGCUGAGCGAUUCGCUAUUCUUGCGGUUGCAGUGGAUCUCUGCCCUGAAGAUCAGUCUUCUCCUGCUACACCUGCAGCUGCUAGUGCCGCCAUCGAAAUCAGCCUGUCUCGAAGAUGACGCCGAACCGAUUCUCGCCGACGGCAGCCCGACUGGCGAACCGUUGUGCACGCGCUCCCGACAGAUUCAUAUGACGCCGUCCCAACGCCGUCCUACCGGUUAUUCGAGCAUUUCGCCUAGGUACCCGUCUGCGAUCCGGGCGGCUAGGCUCGCGGAUAUCGACCCUGCAAUCACGCUUGCAGCGCUGAACGAUCCGUUUGUGGCGUUUAUGCAUGAGAGCUUGGUGUCCAGAGACACACUGUCGUGCACCUCCCGCGGAAACUACAAGGCGCCCCACAUGAUUCGAGAUGCCGCGCAGCCAACCCGGGCCCUGUCGCUGCUCUUCGCUGAUGAUGUUCAGUGUCAUGGGGUGCGUACUCGACUAUCCUCCGUCCCAUCGGUUGCUGACGUAAAACUCAACUCUACGUUGUACUGGCUCGCCCGUUCGCACCAGGGUCCGCAAACAGAAAUCGCCCGCCCGGUUGACCGCGCGUAA